UGUACCCUGAAAUCGUCGUCGCGUCAUCAUCCUGUGAAUCGCGGUAGUGCUGCAAAGAAACAGAACAAGGUCCUCUUGUUUAUUGUUUAACGUCAGCUCCGCUGGUUAUGUCCACUCAUCCAGAAGAUGUCCAACACGCAGACCCUCACGCCGCACGUCUACUGGGCCCAGCGCCACGGAGACGUGCAGCUCCGGGUGGACCUCUGCGACGCUGAGAAUCUUGACAUCUCCCUGCAAGAAAACACCCUUCAUUUCAAAGCCCAGGGCCAUGGAGCCAAAGGCGACAAUGAGUAUCAGUUUACUUUGGAGUUCUUGGAGCCGGUCCUGCCUAAGGUUCUCCACAAGUCGACCCAGCGCCAGGUGAACAUCAAGGUCUUGAAGAAGGAGGAGGUCUGGUGGUCCAGGCUGACCCGACAGGAGAAGAAGCCCCUGUUUCUGGGCCCCGACUUCGACCGCUGGCAGGAUGAGUCCGACGCAGAGAAGGAGCUCCACGAGAAGGAGGAGAAGAGGAUAAACAAAAUAAGUGUUGAGUCUAGAAUUCGAAAAGACCCCUACCUGGGUCUGAAGAAAGGCUAUCUGUUCAUGUACAACCUGGUGCAGUUCCUGGGCUUCUCAUGGAUCUUUGUCAACAUGACCGUCCGGCUCUUCAUACUGGGCCAAGAUUCAUUCUAUGACACAUUCCACACCACGGCUGACAUGAUGUAUUUUUGCCAGAUGAUGGCGGUGAUCGAGAUCAUUAACCCUUUGUUGGGACUCGUUAAGACUGGCUUCUUUCCAGCCAUGCUGCAGGUGACGGGCAGAAACGUUAUUCUCUUUGUCAUCCUCGGCAGUCUGGAGCAGAUGCAGAGCAAGUCUGUGGUGUUCUUUGUGUUCUACCUGUGGAGCACCAUCGAGAUCUUCAGGUACCCCUUCUACAUGCUGGCCUGCAUUGACACCGAGUGGAAGCUGUUGACCUGGGUGAGGUAUACCAUCUGGAUCCCCCUCUACCCCAUGGGAGUCAUAGCAGAAGCGGUGGCUGUGAUCCAGGCCAUGCCCAUCUUUGAUGAGACCCGUCUGUACAGCCUGCCCCUCCCCAAGGCCCUGGGCCAGUCUCUGAGCUUCUCCUACACCUUGCAGGUCUACCUGAUCAUCAUGUUCCUGGGUCUUUUCGUUAACUUCCGACACCUCUACAAGCAGAGGAAAAGGCGAUUCCGCUCCAGGAAGAGGAAAGCUAUCUAGCCACAACAUUCUGCUGAAAGACAGAAUGGCCCUUCUCUGUCCUGUUUAUUUUGUUUGUUCCAUUUUAAUUAUUCUUAUUAUUAUUGUUGUGUUCCUCCCCUGACCGCCUUUUGAGCUUCUUACACCAACUGUCACACACACGUUGUAUUCCAUCCUCCCUACCGCCAAGUGAAGUGGCCGUUACCUUACUAUUCCACUAGGGGGCGUGUUAGUUAACUCCAUAUCAAAUCCUGCCAAUCCCCGCUAAUCAUUUAUUUAAUUUGAGGGACUAAAUGCUAUUAUCACAUUAAAUGACCACCAGUGUCCAGUUAUCGAGAUAAAAAGUGGUGCUUUUGAUUAUUAUUAUUGUGAUAAUGAUGACAUAUUUGUACAAUUCCCUAGUUUACCUAUAUGAAGUAAAAACUAAUGUUACAUACAUGUUGCAUGUUAUUUGAAUGUCAACGCCCAUCAUGACAUUUGAAACAGGCCUCGGUUUUUUGGGACAUAAUGUGUAAUGGUAUUUUUAUGAAGAAGCUUGAAUAACUGGAUUAUGUUUAUUGGCUUGGCCUAUUGCAUUUUAUGGGUGUUCAUGUCGAACAGGCUGAACGCUACUUGAAGAUUCAUAAUGAACAACACCUCAAACACACGAUUGUCAAACAUUUUCGGUUGUUUUAAUUUUUUGACCAUUUGUUUGUAACGUCUCUUUUUACUAUUUAAAUAAAGCAGAAUGAUGAAGGAAUUCGUCCAA